AUGCAAAUUUUAUUGCAAUCUUACAACAAGGUAUCGGGUACCAGGUCUAUCGCGAGACUGUGGGCAAUGGUCCGUGCACGCACAAGUACCUCUGGAUCCAUUCCCAAGUCGAGGUACUUUGUCCACGCCUUCGGCUUUGCCCUCGCGACUCAUGCAUGUGUGAGCCCCAUUGCCCCAAACCUCAGGCCAAGGUUUUUCCUUUUUUUCUUUUUCUUUUCUUUCACACCCCAACCUAGUGCUUGCAGCUGCUGCUUGCUGGCGCUGCUUGCCAGGUGCUUGCUUUUCUAUACGGUUUUAAGGCCGCAUCUCGGCCUUGCGGGCCCUACCAAAGCUCCAUCUGCGCUGCGACUCAUGCAACUUCAAACAUCAAACUCGUACUUUGUAAGUCCGACAGCCUCGUUGGAACAUGGAGGUGGCUCACCCUCACCCUCGAACUUGACACCACCACUCCCUGAGACUGUCACCGCACUGUUUAACUCCAUUGUUUUGCAUUACUAG